UACGUAAUGGUGGCUGCCUGCUUGUCUCAUUCAUUGCUGACAACAUAUUUACAUUAAAACCAUCUGAAAACCUUCAGAAAAUAAUAAAAUCAAAUGAGAUAUUCAAAAUUAUAGGCAGGUGGGUGAUAUUUUUCGCGUUUUAUCGUAUUAUAUAGCAAUUUAUAUGUGAAUAAAGUGCGUGUAGUGCCAAAAAUGGCGGCCACGAAUGAACAACUGUUGCUUUUUGUGCAACACCUUCACCAACUCGUUUAUGAAGAAUGCGAUAAACAUAUUUGGGCAUCCUAACACUUUACCAUCGGGAAAAACUUUGUUAGAAGUGGUCAGUGAAAUUAUAGACAAACCAUUAAAAGAAGAUGCCGUGCAUUCGAAGCUUCUGUGUACGAAAUGUUUCAAGUCGGUCUUUGAAUAUGAUAAUACGGCUGUUGAUCUGCGAGCGAUGAAAAUGGCCAUGGUUAAUCAAUUCAAAAUCUCCUUAUCAAAAAGCAAUUUGAAUUAUGACACAUAUGAGGCUGAUAUUAAAUCAAAAGUGCCCGUGAAAAGUUGUAACAGCGAUAAGAAAAUGGGCAAAAUUGUGUUACCCGCGUCCAAACUCCAGCCUUUGACGCCGGAUUUAUUGUUGAAAGUGAGCAAAUUGGCCGCCGCUACUAAAUCUAAUUUCGUUUUGGAUCAGAAUAAGAGUCCUCCAGUAAUAACGAUAAACAACACGAUGAUUUCCCAACAAGAAACAACACAGUCCCAGAAGACGGACAUACUCACAACACUAGCCAACUCGCUCAACGAGAAUGUAAUCACUUCUUCCAGCAGUGAUAUGAAGACUUUGAGCUUUAACUCGUUGACUAAAGAACUAUUGUCGAACGAUGUGGAUUUGGAGAAGGAUGUCAAUGAUGAUGAUGAUACUAUGGAGAUUGAUGAAGAUUGCGCAUUAUCAGUUGUUCCUGUGACGUCAUCCAAUGGCGAUCUAGUCCUAGAAGUACAGGGUGUCAAGCGGCCGUCGAAGUCAUCGGACUCGCAGUUGAUAGACGUCAGCGUGUUGCAGUCGCUGGACAGCGGCAGCAGCGGCGGCGACGACGACAAGUACAUACUGGGCAAGCUGCAGAUCAUGAACGAUGGUGAUGACGAUGAUGAGCAUACAAUAGUCCUGGACGGUGAUAAUGGUUCGAUCCUGCGCAUGGUCAGCGGGCAGCGGCUCGUGUUGGACGGCGGCGAGCUGGCGCUGGUGCCCGACCACCAGUCCGCCACCGACCACCACCCCGACCACGACCAGGGCGACAGUCAAGACUCGAAUGACGAGCCUCAGAUAGAGCUACAAGUGUCCGGAGAUGAAGAAACGGCGAAUGCCAUUAUAGCGGCGGCGCAGGAGCAAGGUUGCGCGUUCAUAAAAGUGGAAUCGGGCGAGAUGUACCGCGUGAAGUCGGUGCAGAGCAAGAAUGAGAACACGAGCAGCAGGGCGGCCCUCAGCAUGGUCGAGAGGGUCGACGGCAAGUUCCGCUGUCUGCUGUGCGAGAAUAAGAACCACGGUACGUUGGGCAGCGCUACCCCAGCGGUGGGCGAGGCGGAGUGGAUGAUGCGCCACCUGCGCCACCUGCACGACGCGCGUCUCUACAUCUGCCGCCUCUGUGGCGACACCUACCGUCGCCGCGCAGACUACACCUCACACAUGGCUGUGCACUCGAAGAAGUUGGGCGUGGGGCCGACCCCCCGUGCCGCCCGCGGGGAUGAGGCGCGGAUCCACACCUGCCGCUCCUGCGGGAAGACCUUCGCGUCCAAGUACACGCUCAUUGCACACCAGAAGACGCAUUCAGAUCGACCACGACCCUACAAAUGUAAACAGUGUUCGAAAUCUUUUCUCACGCAACAGAAUCUGAACCAGCACGAGAAGACGCAUUCAGGGAUCAAGGAUUUCAUCUGUAACAUAUGCAACAAGGCAUUCAGCACGCAGCACAACCUGGAGGUGCACGGCGUCGUGCACUCCGGCGCGCGGCCCUUCGCCUGCGGCGCCUGCGGCAAGGGCUUCGCGCGACGCGCCGAGCUGCGCGACCAUCUGCGCACGCACACCGGCGAGCGUCCGUUCGCGUGCGAGACGUGUGGCGCGACGUUCAGCCAGCGCUCCAACCUGCACUCGCACCGCCGCGCCACGCAUCUCAACGAGAAGCGACACGCCUGCAGCCUAUGUCCCAAGCAGUUCAAACGGAGAAGGCUACUAGACUACCACGUGAAGGCGUCGCACACGGGCGAGAGACCGCUCAAGUGCGAAGUGUGUUCGUCCACGUUCGUGUACCCCGAACAUUACAAGAAACACAUCCGGACUCACAGCGGCGAGCGGCCUUACGUUUGCGAGAUCUGCGGCAAGACGUUCACGACGCGCGACAACCGCAACACGCACCGCUUCGUGCACAGCGACAAGAAGCCCUACGAGUGCCUCGCCUGCGGCGCCGGCUUCAUGCGCAAGCACCUGCUCUACGAACACAUGAACCACUCCGGUCACAUAGCGGAGUCCAUAGUCGUGAACCAGCCAAGAGUUACCAAAGUUGCGACCAAUAUGUUUGGAACUGAUGAACUCGAAUUAGAUUCGACGGAGGAUAAAUCGAUAAUCGGUAAAAACCCAUUGAGCUUACCUGACGAUGAUCCGCUAAUUAUCCAAGCUUUGACCGGCGACAGAUCGGAGGCUACGUUACUCGAAGCGGUUGAUGUCUCACAACUCGAAAAUGCUGAGAUCGUAGACGAAAAUGGUGAAAUGAUUCGUCUCAUACAAGUGAAGUUACCGAGCGGCGACAAUGGUUGGAUGGCUGUCAACAACUAGAUGGCGCUAGCGACACUCGAGAACUUUCUACAACUCUAGUUACCGUCAAAACGCACGGUAUAGCUAAGAAAAGAUUCUAGAAAACUUCUAGAAUUGAACUGGUUACCACAAAAAUAGGUCGGAAUGCAAAAGUCGGUUGCGGUACAAUUAGUAUAUACAUCGCCAUCCCGUAAAUAUCAAUGGAACUGCGAGAAGACUAUGGUAUUAAUACAACAAAGUAUUUGACAACUUUUUAAAAAAUACAAGUAACAAAAAUGUUUUUAUCUAAAAUCUAUCGGAAAAGGAAUUUUUAAAAUCCACGCAAUAAUAAACUAAAUCAAACAUAGCAAACUAUCCUAUUGCAGUGAUAACGCACAACAA